AUGCAAACAAGAAGAGUCGCAGCAUCAGCAGUAAAGAGUGUCCCAUUCACUACUCCAAUCCAGGGAGGACUGAAGGAUGGAAUGAUUAUUACUGUAUGUGGCCGAGUUUUGCCAGAUGCCAACAGAUUUGAUGUGGACUUCUUGUAUGGGUCUGAUCAUGUUCUGCACUUUAACCCUCGCUAUGAUGGAGGAGGAAAACAAGUCCCAAACUCCCUUCCAAGAGGCCAGACAUUUGCGCUGCAGAUCUUCGUCACCCAGGGAUCUUACAAGAUAAGUACCAAUGGGAAACCCUUUUCAGAGUUCGAGCACCGUAUGCCAUUCUCUUGGGCGGACACAUUCCGCAUUGUUGGAAAGGUGGAACUGAGUUUAGUUGCCUUCCAGCGUGUUGAGCCGCCUCAUGCUGCAUGUUCAGGAUCUUUUAUGGUCCCGUACAAAAGCGUCAUCCCUGGUGGACUUCAGCCUGGCAAAGUCAUCAUCAUCCACGGAGUCAUCAGUCCCCAAGCAAAUAGAGUAGUGAUUAGUCUACGGCACAAACAUGGAAUUGCGUUUGCCUACAGUCCUCGUUUUGAUGAGAAUGUGGUUGUGCGCAACACUUAUCAGGAUGGGAAGUGGGGUGCAGAGGAACGAUCUGAGCUCUUGCCAUAUAAAAGAGGAGCACUGAUGCAGGUCACCAUUUUUUGCAGUCAUCAUCAAUACGAAGUGUUUGUUAAUGGUGAAAAAACUCACACUUACAAGCAUCGUUACACUAAACUGGAGGAAAUUGAUGUUUUAGACAUCCGUGGAGACAUGCAGUUGACCUUUGUGCAGCCCUGAAAAAGAUUUUAUCCAGAUCCAUGACGAAUACAUGUUAAAAACAUGCACCAAUCUAUAUAAACCUAAAUGCAAAAAAAGAUAUAUUAAUCAGUGCAUUCUGAUGCAAAGAUGUUUUGCCUGCCUAUUAAUCUGAGACCCAUGUGAUUGUCCACAGCUUCAGUAAUAAUUAUUUAAAAUGAAUAAACACAGGCUUGUUCUGCA